AUGGACCCGCUCACAUCAAGCCGGAGAGAUCCCUUUGGAUCCUUUGUUAGGCCGCUUUCACAGUUGGAGCAGUACCUCUUUGACCAUUAUGUAACUGUUGUCACUACCCAGUAUGACUCCGAGUGUGUGAUACUUAGAGAUACGAGCUUUCACCACCAUCAGCUUAGGAUGAACUGGAUCCAGAUGGCCGUAUCAUACGUGGGUCUAUUGAGCUACGCCUUACAAUUUUCAUGCGACCAUCUUGGUGAGGUCUAUCAUUGCAUAGAUUACGCUGCUUUAGCGACGCAGUAUAAGAUUUUAUGCAUAAGUGCCAUCAAAGAGGCUAUUAGCGCACAGGAUUGCUCAGCAAGGAAUCCGGUAGUUGCCACAAUAAUAUCCCUAGCACUUGAUGAGCUUCGAACGGGGAAUAUCACUGCAUCCAGGCAGCAUGUGCGUGCACUUGCGAAAAUGGUACAAUUUUCUGGCGGGCUACAGACCCUUGGCAUGAAUGGGCUGCUGAAGCAUAUUUUUGAGAAAUUAGCCUAUGAUAUGAGGCUCCUUGAAGACGACGAAACGAGUUCUUCAGUACUGAUGGAUUUCGUCAAUCGAGGAGGAAUCAACUUGUCUAGUAUUUCAGGGCCAGUUGCGGCAUCUCACUAA